GAGAUAUGUGUGGCUCUGGAGCUCAGAAGAAAGACCUGAGUUCGAAUGAUGAAUUUGGCUGUCACUGCCACAUAGAUGGUGGCAGAAGCUGUUGCUGGUUGUGGAAUCAUCUUCAGUCCUCAACUUACAUCAGAAGAAAAGCACUAUUCCUCAAAAACAAUGAAAGAAUCUGUUGCUGGCUGAUCUGCCUUACAAGCAAUACCAAAAGAAAUCUUUCAGCUGAGAAGGAAACAGUACCAGAUGGUAACUCAGAUCUAUAUGAAGAAAAGAAGAACACUAUAAAUGGAAUAUGCAAUCAUUCGCAAAUCACUCGUCAUGGCAGGAACUGUGUCUGGGCUGAAAGCCUAGGGAACAGAGCAGCGUGGAUAUGGCCUCCUUCCCACAACCCAUGCACUUUCCACACCUCAAUGGCACGUUUCUUCUCAAAUAACACACAGUGCAUGCAAGCUGUGAGAAGGGAAACUCCUACCUCUGACAGGAAAGAAGACCUUUUGUGGGAUGAGUCAGGGAUGCAGGGUUAUGAGAGCUGUGACUUUGGAAGCGUCAGGGAAGAACCCACUUGCUUCUCAUGGAAACAGCUGAGCUACCUGAUGCAACUGUGUGUGCUUGGAAAGUAG